AUGGUGGAUAUAACAGUUGACUUACUUUUGGAGCCGAGCGGCUCUGGCGUUGAGGUCCAUUUCUCGUCGCAAGCGGGGCGGGGGUCCCUCAGGGCUCGUCGCAAGUGGGGAGGGGUCCCUCAGGGCUCGUCGCAAGUGGGGAGAGGGUCCCUCAGGGCUCGUCGCAAGUUGGGGGGGUCCCUCAGGGCUCGUCGCAAGUGGGGCGGGGCGGGGGUCCCUCAGGGCUCGUCGCCAAGU